UUGUUGGUUAGGUUGGUAGGUAUAAGAAUUAAAUGUAACGAUUUAGUAUAGUACAAAGUAUCUGGUUUCCUUCAAUCCUUCAACAACCUCUCACCAUUAACACUCACUGAGUUCAGUGCAGCGAUCCAUGGGUUGGCUCACUCGGUUCAUAACCGCCGUGGCUUUCUUAGCCAUGGGAGUGAUAUUCUCACCGGAGACAUUGGGAUCAAAAUCACCCGCACUAUCCACCUACCUCAAACUGGCUCACCUCCUUAGCUUCUCCACCGCGUUCGGCGCUGCUCUAUGGGUCACCUUCAUCGGCGGCAUCAUCAUGUUCAAGAAUCUUCCGCGGCAUCAGUUUGGUAACCUGCAAAGCAAGAUGUUUCCGGCGUAUUUCUCGAUGGUGGGUGUAUGUUGCGCUAUAUCAGUGGCUUCCUUUGGCUAUCUCCACCCGUGGAAAACUUCCUCCACUACUGAAAGAUACCAACUUGGCUUCUUGCUCUCUUCCUUUGCUUUCAAUCUUACCAACUUGUUUGUCUUCACGCCCAUGACCAUUGAGAUGAUGAAGCAAAGGCACAAAGUGGAGAGAGAAAAUAAUAUUGGGGAGGAAGUUGGGUGGUCCAAAAAUGUGCAAGUUGCAAAGUCAAACCCCAAGCUUGCAGCCAUGAAUAAGAAGUUUGGUAUGAUUCAUGGAUUAUCUUCCCUUGCCAAUAUAAUGUCGUUUGGAAGUCUUGCCAUCCACUCAUGGUACUUGGCAGGUAAAAUUGAUCUCUGAUUCAGUGUCUACUUCCCAUUCUAUUUAAGAUGGUUGACCUCGUUGUGAAGAACUAUAUUAAGUCAGGAUCCCAGUGUUCUCUUUAUUGGAACCAGUUACUUGUUUUCUUGGCAAGUAAAAGAAGUCUGGAAUGUCUAUGCAAUUUAUGAAAUGUACUGUUAAAGUAUUACACUAUAUCGAUUGGUCAAGAGAGUCUCAUGGGUUGCCAUGGAAACAUAAUGUAAUCACCCUACCUUGCAAGAAUAAAUUAAGUAGUCUCUGCACCUUGCUGUAGGCAAAGGUAACAAAGAUAAUCGUCUACAGCUGCCCCAAGUUAAAUACAUUUACACAUUUUGCAUUUACUUAAUUGACCUUCCUUUUUGCUACCUCAUUGUGGGAGGGAUUACAUUUUGCUACUUUCAGUUCAAAUCCACAAAUUACCAAGCUACUUGUACUUGACCAUUGAGUGGCAAUGCUGUGGCCUAUUUUAAGGUUCUCUCAAAACGCGAGGAUUCACCUUCCGUCUUCCCUGGUGAAAUGCUUUAGUUGUUAGGGCAUGUUCAUAAUAUUUAAAGUGUUGUGCAUGUGAGUGUAUGUGCACGUGCUUGAAUACAGUAGAGUGAAUAGUAAUGCUAGCUUAAUGGCCAUUGACCCAUGUAUGAGUUUUGU